GGCGGAAGUUCCCCCGCCCCGGCGCUCCCGCUCGCUCGGUCCGUGGGGCUGCGCUGCGCCGUUCAUGGAAGAGAUGUCGGGAGAAAGUGUGGUGAGCUCAGCAGUGCCAGCAGCGGCCACUCGCACCACCUCCUUCAAAGGCACCAGCCCCAGCUCCAAGUAUGUGAAGCUCAACAUUGGUGGUGCCCUCUACUACACCACCAUGCAGACCCUGACCAAGCAGGACACCAUGCUCAAGGCCAUGUUCAGUGGCCGGAUGGAAGUCCUCACCGACAGCGAAGGCUGGAUCCUCAUUGACCGCUGUGGCAAACACUUUGGGACCAUCCUGAACUACCUGCGGGACGGGGCUGUGCCACUGCCAGAGAGCCGCAGGGAGAUCGAGGAGCUCUUGGCUGAAGCAAAGUACUACCUGGUCCAGGGGCUGGUGGAUGAGUGCCAAGCAGCCCUGCAGCAGAACAAAGAUGCAUAUGAACCAUUCUGCAAGGUACCAGUCAUCACAUCCUCCAAAGAAGAGCAAAAACUUAUAGCCACUUCCAACAAGCCAGCAGUGAAGCUGCUGUAUAACAGAAGCAACAACAAAUAUUCCUACACCAGCAACUCCGAUGACAACAUGCUGAAGAACAUCGAGCUGUUUGACAAGCUGUCCUUGAGGUUUAAUGGGAGAGUGCUCUUCAUAAAGGACGUGAUUGGAGAUGAGAUCUGCUGCUGGUCUUUCUAUGGGCAGGGGCGGAAGAUCGCCGAAGUCUGCUGCACUUCCAUCGUCUAUGCUACUGAGAAGAAACAGACAAAGGUGGAGUUCCCGGAAGCCCGCAUCUAUGAGGAGACGCUGAACAUCCUGCUCUACGAGUCCCAGGACGGGAGGGGACCCGACAACGCGCUGCUGGAGGCCACCGGGGGAGCUGCAGGUCGCUCCCAUCACCUGGAGGAGGACGAGGAGCGGGAGCGCAUCGAGCGCGUGCGGAGGAUUCACAUCAAGCGCCCCGACGACAGGGCCCAUCUGCACCAGUGACUGCUGCAGCGCUGCCCGGGAGCACUGCUCCUCCUCUGCUCCUGCAGCACGGGAGCAGUGCUUCCCCUCGUGUGCAACACGGGCUGUACAUUACGUUUUGUAACAAACUAGGUUAUGGUGGGGUAUUUAAAUGCAGUAGUUGUAGGACAAGGAUCAAGGAGGUGACUGGGCAGCUGAGAGAUACGGUAAGGACCUGUGGAGCAGCUGGAGAAAUGCCCUGAACUUGAAGCACUCUUGUUUUUGCUACAGAGAGGAAGGGGGCUGGCUUCCUUUGGCUUUAGUAACUGUCCUGCACUUUAAACCAUAGAGUCAGCCACACACCUCCCCUCUGGCACUCCCUGACCCCCUUUUCCUCCCAGGCAGAGAACUGGGUUGAUCUGAACACACCUGAGCUGCUGCAGAGCUCCCUUCUCCCUGUAGGCAAUAGGGUUGGUGGCUCAGGAGUGACUCCCAGGAGGACAUGGGCUGACUUGAUUCCUGUAGUGCUGGGGGAGCUGCUCCUCCAAGGGUUCAGUGGAGCUUCUACAGCUCUGAGCUCUUUCUCUCUUCUCUUAUCUGAAUGGUUCAAGGGUGGAAGAUGUUAAAAUUCCUCCAGAAGGAGGCUUGGGAGCAGACUGCAUGGGCUUGCUUUUCCUUAGGGUGGUGUUGACACCAGUUAGUGCUCAGAGCUUCUGCCUGACUUUGGCUCUCAGCUGGGGUUUGUUUCCAUCAGCUCACAGGUCCACAAGCUGAGCUUCCCUUACUGCAGCUAAGACAGGAGCUGAGUUCAGAGCCCCUAUGCCAGCCCAGUGUAGGCAGGAGCUAGAGCUCAGUGCUGUAACUGAUACAGGAGCAUUGUCUUGCUCUGAGUAGGGACAACACAAGUACCAUGGGGACGAGGAGUGGCCCAGAGGCAGAUAGUCCUUGUCUGACUUCAUCCUGAGCACAUUGCAAGUCUCUUCAGAACUGGCAGCUGUUUGGAAGGGCAGAGCUGAAGUGGGUGCAGGAGCCCUCUGUGGUCCAGCUUUUUCUAGGAGUACUUUUCUAGUAUGAAUGAAUGUUUUAUCUACCUCCUCAUCUCUUGUUGCCUAUCGUGGACUCACGUAACAAUUACGGUGGAGGAUGGUGUGCUACUCAAUAGGACUGCAUGCUGGAGGCUAAUGCAUGGAGCCACAGCUCUAAUGCUUCAGGAGAGGGAGGGAAGCCCAACGUAGGAAGUCUUAAGCUUCAGGCUGGUAACCUGGCAGCCACCAGAGGACUUUGGCCUAUUCUAGAGGGGUUUGACCCUUCAUCUGGAAUAUCUCACACUGGGGUUAAUGGCCAGACAUCUCAUAUGGAGCAGCAGCUCCAUGUUCCUGUUCCUCAGUGAGGGGGUGACACGGUUUUGUUCUCCUCCUGCUACAAGGAUUCCAACUCCUGGCUCAGGGCUGUUAAUGGCAUCUUAACAUAUUAAAAACCAAAGGUGUUGCCAGAAUCACCAGCUACAUUACUCCAAUGUGUUUCAAAGAGCAGUUACACCCCAAACUCAGUUUAGCUUGGCUGUAGAGGCUAAAAUAAAGUAUUAAGUGCUUGCUUAGGGGUACAGUUUUGAAUCAAGUUAAGCUAAAAUGAUUUCAAAGUUAGGCUGAGGUCAUCUAUCUGGUAACCAAAGACUUCUCUAAGCUACAUGCAGAUGGGGUUGUUGUACCUGUCUCCUCUCCCCUUUCUUCUUCAGAUACUGCUUCUUAAGAGCUCAACGGUUGAUGUUUAGUUCUGCAGCUUCAGCUCUGUCCUGACAGUUACAGGCUUCUUUUGCAGGCUGUCCUUACAUGUGUUUGCAGCACACUUUCGGGUUGCAGAGGUCCAUAGUGCAGUGUUGUGAAGGACCCAGUGCCUCUCCCUUCUUACCUUCCUGAUGUGAUAAGCUGGGGGUGUGGAAGGGAAGUCCCUUGAAUUGCUCUGCUUUUCCAGCUCUCUGUACUUUGACCCUCAGUGGCUGUUGCUGGGCUGGUCAUGGGUUUGAGGGUCUGUAACAGACCCACUGCCCUAGAAGGGUCCAUACCCUGCGCUGUCUGAAGCUGCUCAGUCUGACUGCCUUGUCCCAGCCAUUCCCUGUGCUCCUGCCCAUCCCUCAACUGUAGCCCUGCAGCAAACCCUGCUCCCUUUGCUCACCCCACAGAGCUGGCUCUCCUGUGGGACAGGCCAGGCAUCCCCAUCCUCAGCUGUGCUGAGCACCCCCACACUGGCUGCUCAGACAAAACCCAGUCACGUCCUGCAGCAUGGGAGCAGGUUCAGCUCCAGGAGGUGACACCAGCCCUAAGCAUCCACCAGGUCACAGCUCUGUGAUUAACCUCUCUGUAAACAGGUUCUUAACUGGCUUCAGGAGCUCCUCAUGGAGGUUCUGCAGAAACCAGGGGAUGAUUCUGUUUACUCCUUGUACAGCAGUUACAGAGCUGGGGUUCAGUCACUCCAGGACAGUUGGAGUAGUUUCAGGUUUGUUACUGCACUUAUGGGCAGACUCUGCCUUAACCCUCCCUGUGCUGUAGUUGAGUAGCAAACAUGUCCUACUGUCCCCUUUGAAUGUCCCUUACCUGCUGGCCACUUGUCCUCAGGCUGUGGAGAGAGACUUUGUUAAUGCCAUGGCACAAAUGCUCUCGGCUCUUGAGCCUUUUGACUCUAAAGGGUUUUACCUCCACAGCUUCCAGGUGAAGGUGAGUGCAGGGCUGAGGUCCUGGCCAUGAGCAG